AGAAGCUGACGCACAUCGCGCAGCAUUCACAACCAGCAGCACCAGGACGAGGAAACAUUAUUAAAACUCCAUCGCAUCCAUGGAUGAAAAGAAGCCUUCUCGCAUGUACUUCAUCGGAAAAAAAGAAGAUCUUAUUCAGGCCAAGAGGACGACUGUAACGCUGGACGGAAGAGACAUCCUUUUAAUGUAUCAUCAGAGAACUUUCUACGCAAUGGACCUGCAGUGUUACCAUGCUGGCAGCACAUUAGAAACUGGAGAUAUUGAGGAAAUCAACAGCAAGCUCUGUAUCGUGUGCCCAAAGCACAAGUAUAAGAUCACUCUGGCUGAAGGCGAGGGUUUAUACAAGGCCACAAACCCAACAGAAAAAGUGCCUACCCCGCGGUGGUACUCCAAAGGCAUAAAGCAGAGAGUGCACAAAGUGACGGAGGUGGACGAGGACAUCUUUGUGACGGUGUCCACCUGCCCGGUGUGGAUCGAGUCGGACUAUUAUCAGAGUGAGAAGGGCAGAGCGGAGCUGAAAAAAGCGCAGGAGUCGGGCGACACAGAGGCAGAUGUCAAUGCAGAUGAAGACGUUUAGAGAGAUCCUGAGGGAACCGCAUAUAUUAGGAUUGAGGAUUUCAGAGGCAGUCUGCAUGAAUAAAACUGCAAUCUGACAUCACCAAUCAAAAUAUUUCCUCCUUUUUGAGUCAGCAGCAGGAUUUCUGUGCAUCUCCGGGAUUCACAGCGACAGCUUGUCUUUCAAGACCACAUUUCUCAGCUAAACACUGAUGGAUAUGCAAAAUUUUGAGUUAUAUGAUGACUUUUCUAAAGAAGAAGAUUUUAUUUUAUGUGUGAAUACAAUAUUUAAUGCAAAAAACGCUCUGUUGCAUAAUUUUAAGUUAAUUUUAAACGUCUUUUUGAAUUUAUGUUUGUAUCAAAUUGAAUUCAAAUAACUUUUAUGAAAAAAAAAAUACGACUAAUAAUGAUUCAUUGUCAUUGAAUAUAAUAUAUUUCUGUCAAAACAAUGGCGUGGGGGAUAUAUUCCUGGCACACAUUGGGCCCAUUAGUACCAAUUGAGCAUCGUGUCAACGCAACAGCCUACCUGAGUAUUGUUGCAAACCAUGUCCAUCCCUUUAUAACCACAGUGCACCCAUCUUCUGAACUAUGUUAUAAAGUGAAUCAUCUCAGACUAGUUUCUUAUACAUGACAAUGAGUUCACUGUACUCAAAUGGCAUACACAAUCACCAGAUCUCAAUCCAAUAGAGCACCAUUGGGAUAUGGUGAUACGGGAGAUUCGUAUCAUGGAUGUGCAGCUGACAAAUCUGCAGCAACUGUGUGAUGCUAUCAUGUCAAUAUGGAGCAAAAUCUCUGAGGAAUAUUUCCAGUACCUUGUUGAAUCAUUGCCACGAUGGAUUAAGGCUUUUCGGAAGGCAAAAUGUGGACCAACCCGGUACUAGUAAGGUGUACCUAAUAAAGUGGCCGGUAUAUAUAUUUUAGGAAUAGUUCACUUAAAAAAUGAAAAUCCUGUCAUCGUUUACUUACCCAUGACUUGUUCCAAACCAGUUGAGUUAUUCUGUUUUAUGUUCUGUUGAAGAAGAUAUUUUGAAGAAUGUUGCAAACCUGUAACCAUUGACAUCCAUAAUAUUUGCUUUUCCUACUAUAGAUGUCAAUUGGUUACCGGUUUCCAACAUUCUUCAUAAUCAUUAUCUUCUUUUGUGCUUAAAAAAAAAGCUUAAACUAGUUUGGAACCACUUAAGGGUAAGUUAAUGUUUCAUUUUUGAGUGAAUUAUUCUUUAAAAUUAUUCACAGCUAGACAUAAGCACAGCAAAGAAUAAAGAUUUAAAAUAGUUACUUGUAUUGUAAACCUUAAAUACUCAGUUAA